CUAAAACGCAUAAAAUCUCCAUGUAAUUACAUGUGAUGAGGAGGAGGACACCCCUUUCUUGCAGGCAACCAAGUCUGAUCCGUGUGUGUCAUGUGCUCUAUAUAUAUAUGAAAACCUCUUUCAAACAAUUAUAUCCAUAGCUUUCUUCUUCUUCUUCUUCUUCUUCUUCUUCUUCUUCUUCUUCUUCUUCAUCUUGCUAAGAUCUAAUAGGCUGCUCCAUCUAUGGGUGAAAGUAGUGAAGAACAAAUGCUUCACGCUCCAUGCUUGAUCACACAAUAUGAUAGCUACACAAAAGCACGGGAAGAUAGCUGCGUGAUCAUGAAAGGACAUGAUGAUGAUGGUGAUGAUGACGAUAAUGGGUAUGCGUACGACACCACAUCAUCCAUAUCGGUUUCCGACCGAUCGACAUCUUCUUUGGAGUUGGUAGAUGAUGCAUCUUCAUCAACAACAACAUCAUCAUCAUCAUGUUCUUCUUCCUUCAAUUCUCAUGGAUCUUUGUAUGACUUGUCAGAUCUCAUGGCCCAGCUACCCAUAAAAAGAGGACUUUCAAAGUAUUUUGAAGGCAAGUGUCAGUCAUUUACCUCAUUAUCAAAGGUCAAGAGCAUUGAAGAUCUUGCAAAGAAAGAGAGUCCUUACAAUCAAAGAAAAGCACUAAAACAAAGUAAGAGCUAUGGAGGUGGCUUGGGUAGCUACAGAUCCUACACACUUCCUAAGGCCACCAUUUCUAAGAUUAAGAAGACCUCGUCAGCUUCAAGGGCUUCUUAUUUGUCAUCUGAUAAUUUAUCUUUUUCAAGUAGAACAAGAGGCGGCUCUUUUGGUAGUAAUACGCUCCCCCCAAUUCCUGUAAGAAAGAAAUUUUAACCUACGUAUACGUACGUACGUGUGCAUGUAUAGAUAUACAAAUAUAUAGCAAAUCCGUCAUCUUGCAAUAAUGCUUAAAUACAAAUAUAUAAACUUGAAUACUGGUUUUGCUGUAGGAUUAAUGGCUGCAUCAAUAAAAUUUGUCCCCUUACAGCAGAAUAAGAGUCGUUAAGCCCCAUGAGAAAUUGUAUGAACUCAACCAGACUUGAGUUUGGUAUAACACAGAAGAUAGAUUGUUGUUCA